CACAAAAGCUCCAUGGGCCAACCAAUCCGAGAACAAUUGAUGCGUGGCUGGACGUGGCGGAUUGUUUGCAAGAUGAAAGCAAGGAACUCCUCGCUCAGAGUCCCCUGAACAAAUUGCAUCCGGUAAUACAUCAGUCAGUUCAACCUGGGCAUGAGGUUUCCACGAAGGCUAUGCAUGUGAUGAUUUCCAGUGCCAUGAGCCUAGGUGAAUGGGGUAGAGCUGAUGCACUGCUCCGUCAUGUACUUCAGGUAAGGCUGAGCAUGUUAGGACCUACGGACCAAGGGACAUGGAAGUGUGUAAUCAAGCUGGGACAAGUAUUGUCUCACAAAAAUCAGUACAUCGAGUCCGAAAAACUUCUACGUCUUGGUUUGCAGCUUCUCGGAAAAACUGAGCCUUCGAAUAUCAAGUACAUGGCCCGAACGAUUGGACACAUUGCCCGAAACUAUUCCUCAAAGAAGCAAUAUGAAGAGGCUCAAGUUGCAUGUCGUUCUGCCAUAGAGGCUUUGGAAGGAUCCUUGGGUCCAGAAUCUCAAUCUUUGAUAAAUUUGCAAGGACGUAUGGCAUGGAACCUUCUGCAUCAAGGACAAGUUGAAGAGAGCCUCGCUCUCUUCCGGACAGUGGUAAAUCGGUCUUUAAGAACACGCCACGAAAACCCUCGAUACGAACUUGAUUUUACCGAUGGACUUGCCAGCGCCCUUGUAAAACUUGGCCGUGUGGAUGAAGCUGCAAACUUGUACGAGAGGUCAUAUUCAGUUUUCGCAGAACACUGUCCACUUGCAAGUGCUAAAGUGCUAUCAGUCUGUUAUAGACUCGGUCGGUAUUACAAAGCCCAGGAUCGACAAGAUGAUGCCUUGAAGUUGUACGAAGACCACAUUCGAAAGAUGCAAAAGACACUGGAGACGGAAGAUCUCGAGUCUGAUGUGCAAUUAACCGCUGAAAAGGCUUUGCAGUGGCUAGGCAUUCGGGAAGCCGCCGCACUUAGACCCAGAGAUUACUACCGUAGGCGCUUGGAGAGUUGUGUGGAUGCCUUGCGUGAAGCUGCAAGUUUACCGUCGAAGUCAAAAAUAGACGUCUUCCUGGUGGACCAUAAGAUCAACAAACGAAUUUCCACAUAACUUUCUCCCAACCUUUACGUCUCGUGAUCAACGCUCCCAUCUCCAGUCCCUCUCCAAAAGGUUUAACAACUGCUUCUCCAAAUUUCACACUUCUAAUGUCCGGA